CCCGAAAUGAAAUAGUAGACUCCAAACAGACGUAGCGCGGUUAUGGAGAUCGAACAUGAUCGACCGAAGCCUGUUUUGGCAUACUCCAUUAGUGUAUUUUAUAUACCUGCCUGAUCUGUGUGCUAGGCUCAACACAAUGUAUGAUGGACGAGAGAGAGAAGAUUGUAAUACUUUAUGGGAGUGAGACCGGGACAGCAGAGGAUGUGGCUGAGCGAGUAAGACGGCAGGCCAACAGGCGGUACUAUAAAACCAGAGUGAUGUCUCUUGAUUCUUACCCUAUUGCAAACUUAAUACAUGAAACUCUAGUUGUGUUUGUGUGCUCAACUACAGGUGAUGGAGAGGAACCACAGAACAUGAAGAAUAUCUGGAGGUUCAUAAUGAGAAGGAGCCUGCCUAGAAAUUCUCUGGAAAAUAUGCAGGUUGCAGUUCUUGGUCUUGGUGAUUCAUCCUACCAGAAGUUCAAUUACAUUGGUAAAAAGUUGUUUAGAAGAUUGCAACAACUUGGAGCAAAUGCUGUUGUUCCCCUGGGCUUAGCAGAUGAUCAACAUGACCUAGGUUCAGAUGCUGUUGUUGAUCCAUGGUUAAAUGCAUUAUGGGAAAAACUCGCAUCACUGUAUCCUUUACCUCCCAACGUGGAAAUUCUUCCGGCUGACCACCUACCUGAUCCUUACUACAGAGUAGUGCCUGUCAACAAUGAAUAUAUACAUGAUAAAAGCUCAUCCUACCCAUGGAAUGGAACCACCCAAUCCCAUACUCCUCCAUUCUUUGCCAGGGUAAUUUCAAAUGAACGAGUAACAGCAUCUGAUCAUUUCCAAGAUGUCCGACUCGUUAAGAUGGAUAUAUCAGACUCAAGCAUCAGUUAUGAUCCAGGAGAUGUUGUUUACAUACAACCACAGAAUUCAGCAGAAGCAGUCCAACGAUUCCUAGACCACAUGCAAUUAGAUCCUAAUAAAGUUAUUCACAUACAUGCAGGUGAUCCUGACCAUCUCUUACCGCCUCACUGGUUGCUGACAUCAAGCUGCUUUCUACGGCAACUUGUUGAGAGAUACCUCGACAUCAAUAGCAUUCCAAGAAGGUCCUUCUUUGAGAUUCUCGCUACGUUCUCUGACGAUGAAAUGGAGAAAGAAAAAUUACAGGAGUUUUCCUCAGCACAAGGACAGGAGGAACUGUUUGAUUAUUGUAACCGGCCAAGAAGAACAAUUUUAGAAGUGUUAGAGGAUUUUCACAAGACGAGUAGUAAGAUACCUUUGACUUAUCUGAUGGACUUAAUACCUGCAAUCAAACCAAGAGCUUUCUCCAUUGCUUCUUCUCACAAGGCUCUAAAAUCAGAGUUACACAUUUUGAUGGCUGUGGUUCGUUACAAAAGCAAACUAGUGAAACCAAGGCUAGGUCUGUGCUCCAAUUGGUUGGCAAAUCUCAAUCUAAAGAAAAGUGAAGUUAGAAUACCAAUAUGGGUGAAGAAAAGCAGCUUUAAAUUUCCCAAAGGACCCACCCCCGUAAUAAUGGUUGGACCUGGCACUGGAUGCGCGCCAUUCAGAUGUUUCCUACAAGAGAGAGCAAAGGAAAAUAUUGGUGACAAUGUGUUGUUCUUUGGUUGUCGCAAUAAAGAAAAGGAUUUUCUAUGUGAGGAGGACUGGAAAGACUUUGAACAGAAAAAUAUUCUUCAGUUGUUCACAGCUUUUUCUAGAGAUCAAGAAGAUAAAGUGUAUGUACAACAUAGAAUCAAACAGAAUGGUGCCCUCUUAUGGGAACUGAUUAAUACAAGAAAUGCAUAUUUUUUCAUUGCUGGAAAUUCCAAGCAAAUGCCGAACGGAGUGACAGAUGCCCUAAAGGAGAUUAUUCAACAGGAGGGUUGUAUGACCGCGGAACAAGCUGCAGACUACGUUACUAAUUUGGAGAAAUUUAAACGCUUCCAGAGAGAAACUUGGAGUUGAUGUGAAAAUGAGACAUUUAUAAUUGCUAAUGACAAUGACUGUAGGCCUAUGAGGUGGUGACAUUGUGGAGAAGUUGAAAAAAAAAUGUGUUGUCAUCCAGGCCAGACUGUGUGAGAAUUCAAAGAAUAAUCUCUUGAGAUUAUCAAAUUGUCUGUGAGAAAAAACUAUUGUUAUGCCCAUAUAUAGUCAUGAUGUGAUGUCAUCAUAACCUUAUUUAGACAUGUCACUUGUUUUUGUCUAAUAAACCUUGAUAGGUUGGACAGGGCUUUUUAUACUGUAUCAGGCUUUGUUGUACAGCCAAGACUGAUAGUACUCAAUACAUACAUGCAUACUGUAGACAUGCAAUAUGGUUGAUUUUAAAAUUAUAUUUUUCAUAAGAACCAAAGAAAAACAUUGUCAUAUUUAUUUACAUGAUUUAAAUAAUUAUGAGAUAAUCCUUUAAGCCUUUUUUUCCACUAGGCGAAUUUAUUCGCUCGAAUCAAAAGUGUUGCUUCAGUGUGAAAUGUGAUUUCCAACUUAUAACCUUAUCCUUCAUUUGUGGCUUUAAUUAAGUCCUGGCAUAACGAAGAGGCUUAACACCCCUUGCUAGGCCUACUAGUUAGUAGGGCCUAAGACCUAAGCCACCUAGGCCCAAUCGGGUAUGGUUGAGUCCUGUCUGCUUCGCGUUUUUUUUCGUUUUUUAAUUGAUUAUUUUGAUGUUUUUAAACGUUCUGCUACUUAAAGGACCGGCUUGGCCGAAUUUUGGCUUAUGGUUCUGCAAGUAGCUUAAUCUCCAGGCCUCUUAAGGUAUUGGGCCUCAUAGGGCAUGGGGGUCCCUGGCUUUAGCCAUUUAGGGCUCAUUGUCGUUUUGGAUACAAUGUUGACCAUCCAAACUCAGUAUCACAAUAAUGAGACUUACGAGACAUCACAUAGCUGUUCUAGUUUGUAAAGGUGAGAAAAGUAAACUAAAAUAUUUACUGCGAAAUAACCACUCAUAGUACAGGUUAGAUCUCAAGAGCUCUCCACCAACACAUAAUAUUGCAUUGUUUAUGUUAAUUGUUUAUCAAUUUAUUAAAUAUAUUUUCUAAUUA